CAGAUCAUCCGCAGCAUUGUUACCUUCGUCAUUUUCGUGACCUUUGACCCAUUCGAAGCGCACGCCGCCAGGACCUCGAUCCCAAUGUGCUCGCUUGUCAGCUGUGGGAAUGUCAGCUUCAUCCUCCAUGCGAUGCUCAUUAAGACGAUAACGCUCCUCCAGCAUAUCCAAUAUUUUCUGGAUCAAGUCUUUGUUCUCCACUGGUUUCUUCGACGAAUUGACCCAAUUAUUGCGUUGCCAGUUGUGGAACCAGUCCGUCACGCAGUCGAUCGAGUAUUUGCUGUCACUAACAAUGACAAUCUUGCGAUCUUUGGGUGCCACCUCAAGUGCGCGCACUAUUGCGGUCAGCUCAGCUCGCUGAUUAGUCUGUUUCGUUCCAUUGAGAGGCUCGCUGAUGUUCCGUCGGUCCUGUGGCCCAAAGUAAACUCCCACACCACCCCACGCGUUUGCGCUCCCAUUUGCGAGCGAGCUGCCAUCUGUCCAUAUGCGUAUCGGCGCAUCCUUCACGGGUCGUGUCGCUUGAUACUUAUACUCCUCUCUCUCUUCCCUUGUUUUGUACCGUAUACCAUCCGUGAUGGGAUCCAGAAUUAG